AAUGGCGGCUGCCUCUAACAAAAGGCCACCAGACGAGCAGCAAUUGCCUACUUAUAAACUGGUUGUUAUUGGUGAAGGUGGUGUUGGCAAAUCUUCAUUAACCAUUCAGUUUUUCCAGAAACAAUUUUUGGAUUAUUAUGACCCGACAAUUGAAGAUCAGUACAUACAGCAUUGUGAAAUUGAUGGCCAAUGGGUUAUUUUAGAUGUAUUGGAUACAGCUGGACAGGAGGAAUUUUCCGCAAUGCGUGAACAAUAUAUGCGGAGUGGAAGAGGUUUUCUGUUAGUCUACUCUGUUACGGAUGAGCAAAGCUUUCACGAAGCUAAAAAGCUUUAUCAGCAAGUACUUCGUGUUAAAGAUCGUCCUGAAUAUCCAGUGCUUCUUGUAGCAAAUAAGGUUGAUCUGCUUAGUCAGAGGAAGGUUAGCGAACAGCAAGGUCGGGAACUGGCUUGCGAACUGAACAACAUUCCAUAUAUCGAAACAUCUGCUAAGGAUCCGCCUGUUAAUGUUGACUCUGCUUUUCACGAAUUGGUUCGAAUUGUCAAGAGCUUUCCUGCUGAAGAGAAUGCUCAGAAUCUUAAAGAUAACCAAGGUCGGCCGUUUAAAGGGAAAAAAGGAGGAGGCAAACAGAAGUGCAUAAUUACAUAA